UAGCUUUUCUUUUGGGCGGGAGGACCAAGUAUAAAAAGGGCUGAUCGCCAAACGCACGCUCUUCAAACACCAGCCCAAUUAUUACUGGAUAUAUUGUGUGCUCGGCGGCAGCUCGCACAAAUUUCUCUUAAGGGAGAAGUAGCGUGAGCUGGUGGCGAUGUCAACGGAUGCCCUGAACGAGAGUGUCACUGGUGCAUCUGCCGCUGCUGCAUCCGAGCAACAGGAAGGAGGAGGCGAGGGUGGGGCCAACAAUCGGCCUAAUAGCGGCGAAAAGUCGGCGCGGAAGAAGAGCAGCAUGACAUCAGCGACCAAGGCCGGAAGGAGUCUCUCCACCUCAAAGUCGGCGGCGGCUUUGGUGGACAGCGGCGGCGAGGAGGACGGAUCGGACUCGGAGUUGUCCGACAUGGAGCGGCACUUCCUGACCAAAGGCGCUUUUCUGCUCACUCCGAGCAACGAGUUGACGCUCGAGAAGGCCGAAGCCAUUGUCGACAAGAUGAACUUCCGCGCGCCCUUCUCGCUGACCAAAACGGCCACCGGCAUACUCUUCAAAUUCGCCGAGCCAGACGACUGCGCCGCUGUUUACAAGAAGGGCUUCCACAAGGUGACUGGAGCGCGGUUUUACAAGAAAAUUGUGAUUCCAUGUCGGCCGAUGCGGACCUACAUCGUCUAUGCUCUGGACGUGCCCGAGAGCGUUCCUGUUGAAGACAUUCGCCACGCUCUUUUCAAAUUUCAAUCUGUGGUUGAGGUCAGCAGAGUCGUGUCGUCUUCACAUUCUGCUUCGACUCCAGCGCUUUCUUCUCCAUCGACCCCUUCAGCGGGGGUCGCGGGGGCGGCUGCGGGGGCGGACAAGAGCGUGGCGCCCACGCCGGUGCUGCAAGUGUCCGCAGGCGCGACCGCCACCAACAACGCUGUGGCCGGCUACUGUCCGCUGGUGCGCAUCACUCUUGGCUCGCAGGAGGAGGCCAAUGCCCUUCUGCAGAGCGGCCUGGACUUCUUCGGCGCCACCUUCUUCCCAACCGAGGCGGCCCGGCCGGUGAAAAAGUCGUCGGUGUGCGGCAAGGCAGUCCCUGGAGGAUUCUUCUCAACGGAAACAUUUGGAUCAUUCGGCAACAACAGCGGCGUCAUGGGCACCAGGAUCAGGGAGCUGGUUCCCGUUUUCGACGCAACUGGAUUCGCCAAGAUCGCCGCACCUACCGAGAGGACGGUGAAGCCGAGAAAUUAAUUUUACAAAAUAAUGGUCUUGAUGUUUGAAGGCAGUUCAUAAAUAUCCUAACAAAGUAAUUAAAGUAAUAAUUGUUUCGUUCUUUCAGUCAGCUUUAUUGGUUCUUUCUCUGGUUAUUGUAAUCGAUUUACUCAAACAAACAGUGCCUUUGUAACACAAAUUCCUUGUCACGUGAUAUUUUUGGAAAUUAAAUACGUCCAACCUCCAAA